AUGGCGCGCGAUAUGCCUGAUGCCCAGGCGAUUCUUGCGCAUCAGAUCACGCCAGCGCUGAUACUCAACCGCUCCGGCACCGUCGUCGCUGCAAACGAAGGCAGCGUCCGACUCCUGUCGCCCUUGCGACAAGACGCGUCUUUUGCCACAGAAGGCUCGUUGCUUGGCGAAAAUAUUGCCGAUCUUGCACAGAUUCCAUUGCCUGGUGCUUUACCAGUUCUGUGGACCUGGAGUUCUAUUCUAGCUGCUGCCAUCGAUAUUAGCGAAUCAGGUGCUGCCAAUAGACAAAAUAUCCGCGGAUACGUUUCUACGACAGAUUACUGUCAAAACGCCGAUAACUUUUGGGACGAUGAAGCUGAGCAACAAGCAAUCAUCGAAAGCAAUGUAUACGUUACCCGGUAUUCCUCACAAGCGGGCAUACCUAGCGCCAACGACUCCGAUGACGCUACCAGUGUAGUCAGAGCCCGAGCAUCUGUUCACUGGUUAUCGUCCGAUCUUGACGGCGUCUUCUUGAUCAUCUUCAACCGGACGUCCUUGCCACAUCAAACAGCGCCGGCUUCACCAGCUGCAAAGAAAGACCCAAUCAAUGCUUUCGAACGACAAAAUGAUUAUCAGUCCUUGGAUAGCAAUGAUACCUCAGACAAAACUGAUACAUCGGACGUCGCCUACGCUAUCAUUCCUCACAUUAUCGCAACAAUGGACAAAGAUGGGCAAGUUGUCAAAUUAUCCAAGUCUUGGUAUUCGUUCUCAGGGUUGAAUGAAGAACAGAGUUUAGGAAGCGGAUGGAUAUCCACAAUGUUUCCCGAUGAUGUCCAGGAAAUGACAUCGGCCUGGGCUGAUGUUAUCCAGCAUGAACGCUCGCAUUGGACGCAUCAAGCUCGUUACCGGAGGGCCUCAGACGGAACCUUCUGCUGGUUUUUGAUACGCGCCGAACCAUAUCGAGAUGCCAAAGGAAAGGUCCUUCGCUGGUACGUGUCCAUGAUGGACAUUCACGAAUGGGUCGUUGCUCGGCUUAAGGCAGACAUACGACGGCAGUCAAUCAUCACACUUUUCGCGCAAACGGAUGUUAUGUUGUGGGGAAUCGACAAGACCAAUCAAAUGUAUAUAUGCGAGGGGCGCUUAAAGUGGGACCCUAGUAGGGUCGUAAAACUUUUGGAAAGUACCAGAGGAGAACAAGAUAUACCGUACAUUGAAUCACCGGAAGAGACCUAUCGCAACCCAGACCAAGAAUUGGUUCAUACUAUCCAAGGAGUUCUCAAGGGACGCACCUUCAGUCCGAUCGUGGAACAUUGGGAAGAUGAUCGUUAUUUCCGGACUCGUUUUGUUGCAGAACAUGUCCCUCCAUGCGUGGAUGGGAGCGCAACAAGUGAGGAUGUUGUGCAGGCUGCACUAGCUCUCACAUUUGACAUCACCGAAGAAAAGGCGCGGUCUGUCCUACUGACGGAGAACAAGAGACUCGUCGCCAAAGAGAAAGCCGCGCUCGAUGCCAGCAAUUUGAAGAGUAGAUUUCUCGCAAAUAUGUCUCACGAAAUCCGUACUCCAAUAUCCGGAAUCAUUGGUCUGAGUGAGCACCUUUCUGAUUGUGGGCUCAAUGAAGAACAAUUGGAAUUCAGCAACUCCAUUGAAGAGAGCGCAAAAUUUCUCCUCACUCUCAUCAACGAUGUGUUGGACUUCAGCAAGAUGGAAUCUGGUCACAUGGAUAUUGAGCAAAUACCCUUCUCGCCUUACAAGCUCAUUAGCGACACACUUAUCCCAUUGCGACUUCAGGCAAGGGAACGAGGCCUGUCUCUGAACUUUAGGUGCGAUCUCAAGCCUGAUGCACUCUUCCUGGGAGAUCCCUGGAGGUUGCGCCAGAUUCUCACCAACUUGAUUGGAAAUAGUCUCAAGUUCACACAGGAGGGUCACAUUGCACUUAGCGUUCACGAGGCCGGAAAGAAGGACAACCAAGUUAUCCUCAAAUUCGUUGUGAAGGACAGCGGAGUAGGCAUUUCGGAAGAAGCGAUCAAACAACUCUUCAAACCGUUCAGCCAGGCCGAUGGCUCAACAGCAAGACUCUAUGGCGGCACUGGGCUGGGCUUGGCAAUUUGCCGACAAUUAGUUGAGCUUAUGGGUGGGCAUAUCGGGCUGGAAUCCGUUCAUGCAGAAAGCACCACCGCAACUUGCAAGAUCCCUUUCCAGAUCUACCAUGGGCCAAGUCAUGGUCUACUCAUAUCGACCGCUUUACCUGGCCGGGCAAAGAUACAGAAUCCUGAAGAGAACGCGAACACCAAGAAGGCUCGCCACCUCAGUCCUCCCGAUGGUACGGACGGCAUGACGUUCGACUCCUUCGCAAUCACGAACACACCAGGGAUCGGCAACCACAUCCUACUCGUGGAGGACAAUCCCAUCAACCGGAAAGUGAUCUCCAUCGCAUUGAAAAAGCUAGGCUUUGUCGUCUCAGCCGUAUGGAACGGCCAAGAGGCACUCGAUUUCCUUUGCAAGGAGUCGACAGAACUUCGGCCCGAUGCCAUACUAAUGGACUGCAUGAUGCCAAUUGUCGACGGAUAUGAGGCCACGCGGCGCAUCCGCAACGACAAGACUUUGUUCAACGAGCAAGUACGGGAGCUGCCGAUCAUUGCGUUGACCGCUAGCGCAAUCAAGGGCGAUAGAGAGAGGUGUUGGGAUGCAGGUAUGGACGACUAUCUAACGAAGCCGGCUGCUAGAGAUGAGCUGAGACGCACACUGGCAAGAUGCCCUCGCAACCACCGGACCGAGAUGUUCUCAAAGUCGACCUUUUGCCUCGCGUUAAACGCAUGCCUGAACCUCGUUGCGACAGCGUCACAAGCAUUUUCUAAACAUACCGAGCACCCUGAGAGUUCCGACAAAGUCUCUAUCAACUGGACAGAUGCGUCCAGCGUUCUAGGCAGACCCGACACCUAUCUCGGAAAGCUGGCUGUACCCCUCGACUAUACGCUGCCCCAAUCGAAGAAUAACACGCUCACCCUCAACAUCCUGAAAGUCAAAGCGACAAAAGAGCCAAAACUAGGAAGUGUGUUGACAAACUGGGGUGGCCCAGGCUUGCCUGCAACAGACUGGCUUUUGCAACAAGCUAGUUAUGUCCUUGCCAUGACAGGUGGCCAAUACGAUAUCAUCGGCCCCGACCCCAGAGGCACUGGCACAACGAUGCCCGUAGAUUGCUACAACGACGAGAUGGGACGAAUGGUUGCGACGUUGCGUACACCAACGAGGACCAACUCUUCUGAUAUUGCGUUGGGCGCUGUCUGGUCUUACACCAAGCAGUACGCGGCGCGCUGUUUUCAGAACGAGGCAGUGAAUGGAUCAUUGAUGAGCACUGCUUUCGUUGCCAGAGACUUCAUGAAGGUUGUCGAUGCUUUGACUGUGGAAGGCGAGGAUGGUCUUCUCCGGUACUGGGGAAUAUCCUACGGAACGUAUCUUGGCCAGGUCAUAGCUGCCAUGUUCCCAGAGAGGGUCGAGCGAAUGAUGCUGGAUGGUGUUCUCCAUCCGCUCGAGUAUCAGCAAGGAUGGGAGACUGGCCCGGCUAUGUCAUCGCCCAUUGCAUUGAUGGAGUUCACCAAACAAUGCAUCGAUGCCAGACCCUCUUGCUCCCUCUUUCGCCCCAACCUCUCGUCCUCCGCACUGUACGAACAAAUCCAAAGCGUCGCCGAAAAAGCCAAGCGCGAGCCAAUCGUUAUGGGCCCCAACGUCACCACCGAUAUCGUAACCUACGAGAAGAUCGCCGAGGCCAGUGACACGGCUCUGCGCAUGGGUCUGGCGUCCGGGUCUUACUUGGCAGGCUAUCUCAACAGCAUCAUGGUCCACGAGACCCCAGAAUACAACCAUACCGAAUAUCUGCUCAACCGCUCCUUCAUUGUGCAGGAUGCAGCGGUCAAUGCAGACAACACGCAGCUCAUCCGCUGCUCCGAUGCCAUGUUCCGCGCCGACGAGCUGACCGACAUCGAGGAACGCGUGCAGCACAUAUCCGAAUUGGGCGACUGGAACAGCGAUUACAUCAUCGGCUCGUAUAUUAUGUGCUCGCAGUGGAAGGUUCAAGCCAAAGAACGGUACGAGGGCGACUUCAAAGCCAAGACGAAAAACCCCGUGUUGCUCAUCGGUUCGCCAUAUGACGUCCGCACUCCGAUCUCUGGGGCUUUUGUGGCGAACAAGAUACUGGAUGGUAGUGUUGUGCUUCAACACAACGGUCUCGGGCACACGGUUAUGCACAGCCCCGGGACCUGCGCCAUUAUCGCAACCGCUGCGUAUUUCGUGAACGGAACUUUGCCGGAAGAAGGGACGGUGUGCGGGCAAGACUUUGGUAUCUUCUCUGGAAAAAGCUUGAAUGAUACACUCGAUCCUCUUGAUGAGCCGUAG